CAGAAUCACUGAACCGCCUCGGAGAAUUGUUUCUCCCGACGAAGGAACCGUAGCCGAGUCGGCCGGAGCAAAAGCUUUAAAGGGUUCCCUUCCUUUUCACUCAUUCAUUGAAGGAAAAAAGAAAAAAAAAAAAAAAGGAGAGAGAAGCUGCCAUUGUUAAGUUCCCCUGUUUCUUCCUUCCCCUGUUUUUCUCCCCUCUGUUUUUCAUGUGCAUGGUGGUGGGUUAGUGAUAUGCAACCUGGACGUGGUUAUGGUAAUAAUAACGGAAGUAAGAGGAAGCUGAAGGAGGAAGAAGAUGAUGAUUAUGGUGGGAAUGGUGGUGGUGAGCUUGGUGUGACGCCAUUAAUGGCGGAAGAAGUGGUGAAGGCGGCUCCGAGGCAUAAUUUGAUGUCGACGGAGAGGGAGAUGGAUGCGAUGGUCUCCGCUUUGACCCACGUCGUGGCUUCCGGCGGCGGUGCGGACGGAAGUGAUCAAUUCCGCUACGAGAAUGACGGGUUUGGAUUUUUUGAAACUCCCUCUUCUGCUCCUCUCCAUCAGUAUCGCCAUGAGUUUGAACUCUCUCAACAAGCUGCUGCACAAUCUUCACCAUCUUCAUUCGCUGCACAAGGCGCCACGUUCAACGCCGCUACUCCUCCGUCACUACCACUGCCGCCGCCACCAGCAGCGCCGAUGAUGAGCAGCAGCACUACUACAGUGGUCUACGAACACACUCCAUCUUCGGGUCAUCAGACACCAGCAGAGGAAGGCGGCAGCAGCGGGAGGAAGUACAGGGGAGUGAGGCGGCGGCCGUGGGGGAAGUGGGCGGCGGAGAUCCGCGACCCGUUCAAGGCCGCCAGAGUGUGGCUGGGCACGUUCGACACCGCGGAGGCGGCGGCCAGAGCGUACGACGAGGCUGCGCUGAAGUUCAGGGGCAGCAAGGCCAAGCUCAACUUCCCCGAGAACGUCAAGCUCAGGACCAUCAACACUAGCAGCAGCAGCAGUACCGUGACUACUGCUUCUCCCAAUUAUGCUCACAACAACAACAGCAACCACCAGACACAGUUCAUGGGCUUGUUGAACAUGAACCGCCGCGAUCCAGCGAAUUCGUCUCAGCUGGUGUUGGGAGUCGGAGGGUACUACGAUCAUCGUUCUAUGCCAUCGUCGUAUCAUCAAUCCUCCUCACAGCCGUCUGACCAAGCAUCGCAGACGCAGCAGCCGUAUUAUCCGCUGCUGCCGGAAUUCCAGCAGACUUCGCCAUGGCCUGCUACUUCGUCGUGUAAUAGUGGAAGCCAAGGCGAUUCGCCUUCAGGAUGAUAUAGUCUUCUGGUUUCGGUUCUUGUUCUCAAGCAUAGCAAAUGUAAUACGAGAGGUGGGUGAUUUAGGUUUACAAUCUUUCGCUGGAG